AUGGGCACUAGAAUCCUCUAUGCAUCCCCAGCUCAUCCACAGACUAAUGGUCAAGUUGAAGCCGUCAACAAGAUAAUCAAGAAAAUACUAAAAAAGAAGCUCGACGAUGCCAAGGGUCUUUGGGCCUCUAAACUCCCGGAGGUAUUAUGGGUUAUCAGGACCACGACGAUAGAGGCUACCGGAGAGACCCCUUUCUGCAUGGUUUUUGGGUCUGAGGCAGUCCUUCCCAUCGAAACACAAAUCCCAAGCACCAAGAUCCAGUACUUUGAUACGGGUACCAAUGCAGAGGGCCUACAACUUGAUGCUGAUUUGCUCGAAGAACAAAGGGAUGUAGCACACAUGCAUAAUCUCUCAAACAAAAGGAGAAUAGCUCGCUAUCACAAUGCCAAGGUACAGUCCCGGACACUGAAGUUGGGGGACUGGGUCAUGAAACAGGUUUACCCAGAACCCCAGGGACUGGAUCCUUCAUGGACAGGCUCGUACGAGAUCAUCGAAGAGGUAGGCCCCUCGACCUUUUACUUCCGUGACAUGGAUAGAGUCGUUUCCCGACAUCCAUGA